AGAAACGAAGCACCGUCUUUAAAGGCCUCUUCGAAAAUGGCAUCUAUCGUGUCUAAAUACAUUUAUAACUUUCUCUGUAAAAACGAGGGCAGUUCAGAUUACGGUAAAGUGGAGAAGAAUUUACGGCAGAGUUUCACGGUGGCGGAUCAGGUGUUGUCUCUGGUGCUCGAUGACCAGGAGAGGUUUGUUAUAAAAGAGGAUGAAGACUCGAACACCAACUCAGUACUGGGUGCUGACAGUCUGAUCAUUGCCAAAGUUGGCUCUCAUUAAAACAAGGGGAAUGGAGAACAUGGCAGCUGUAAGUUUAAGACAUCUUGCACCAGCCUGCACCUGUGCCAGCACUUCCUGCAGGAUGACUGCAAGUUUGGAGCUGCUUGCAAAAGGGCCCACAGCUUGGAUGCACAGGCUCAGAAAAUUCUCAAUGGCCAUGGGGUCAGUCCAGAAAACAUGUGCAAACUCCAAGAUAUACAAGAACAAGUUACUGAUCACCUCUUCUCAAGAGAGACCCGUCAAGAAGAAAGAGCACACAGGGUCCUUAGCAGGCUGGCUGCGUUACUGAGGAGCCGUGUGAGACAGGCAAUGUCUGCCGAUGCAGAGAUCCUUUGUGGACUGGGCUGCGCUGCUGGAGGGGCCGUAAGGGUCAGAAACUCCGGAUGUGGUGUGUCUGCUAAUGUCUCCUGCCCCAUCAAGUUGGAAAUGCAGGACAAGGACAAGUGUGUCCAUUUCCACCACCAUCUACCCUAUAAAUGGCAGAUUUAAAUUAAAUGAAAUUUUCUGCCAAAUGAAGAGGAGAUCGAGAAGGCAUUCUGUAGUCCAUUGGAUGAUUUGAGUAUUACUCAGACCAGUGUAGGGAAUGAUGUGGUGAAUUUUGUCUCAAUGACAUUUGGAGGGUCGUCAGUCAACCUCACAGCAUCCUCUAUUACUAAACCCCCUCACUUUAUACUGACCACUGAAUGGCUGUGGUACUGGGGGUGGGGAGGUGGAUGGACGGAAUAUGGCAAAGGGGAAGAUGCAAAGCUUGUGGCCUCAGUCACUUCAGAAAUCGUUGAGAUUUAAAUAACACAAAAACAACUAAAAUCACUUUCAGGCAUGUAUCAGCAAAAUCUGAAGUGCAAAACUGUAAGAGAGAUUUGAAGGAGACCACGUUUUGUGUCUGCUCAAGAAGUCAAGAGCAAAAUUAAGGGGCAAAAAGAACAAAUGACUGAGAUGAAUGGAGGGAAGGGAGUCGACCAGCGUUACCUUUUCCAUGGUACGGAGAGUCUGAUAGAGGCCAUAUGUCAGCAGAACUUUGACUGGAGGAUCUGUGGCAGUCACGGAACACUUUAUGGGAGAGGCAGCCAUUUUGCUAUAGAUGGUUCAUACUCUGACAGAUAGGCAAAAUCCAGGACCAAGACCAAGAAGAUGUUUGUGUCACUGGUGCUAGUCGGAGAGUUCACAAAGGGUAACAUUACUUUAGUCCGACCUCCACAGAAGAAAACCAAUCAAAACCUUUACGACAGCUGUGUUGACAAUUAAACCAAUCCGGCCAUUUUUGUAGUUUUUGAGAAGUACCAGAUCUAUCCUGAGUACAUCAUUGUAUACUCCUAAUUUGUAGUAUGAUAUCAAAACAUGUUUGAUUAUAAAACAUGUUGAUAUUGUAAGCAAUUGUUAUUUAAAUUGUUAGGCUUACAUAUCUGGAAAAUAACCAACAUCUCUUAGCAUUAUUUUUCUGUCAGGUUAAUUUUUUUGUUGUCUAUCACUACAAUACAAUUUAUUGAUUUUUUGUAACUGAAAUGUUUUUUUGUUUUUUUUCUAAAGUAACUUUACUGACAUACCCUCUGUGACAGACUCUGUGAUGAAAAUAGCAAAUUUUUUGAAAAAAAAAAAAAAAAUGCAAUAAUAACUGUACUUGUUUAAAAGAAAACAAAAUUAACAGCCAGAUACAAUUGUACAACCUGAUACAGUCUACCUUUUCACAAGUGCUGGUAUUAUAAAUCAAUAGUCGAUUUUUAUUGCACUAGAUUUUAAGCACUGAUUUUUGUGCACAAUACAAAAAAAUACAAUGUUAAGUCGAGAGCUGGCAAAAUAUAGCACCGUAUGUACAACAUCUGAGCAUUACUCAUGCCUAUUUAAAAAAAAUAAUUUUCAUGUUUUAGCUUUGGCUGUUGACAUUGUAUUUAAUUUAUGAUUAAUUAGGUGUUGAUAUAAUUGAUGUGAGCAUACUGUACAAGACGGACAAGAGGAAGUGGAACAUUUACUAGGUAAAUCAUUAGGAGUGUCAUUGAAUAUAGAGACUUGUGCCACUGACCUCUGGUGGUAAGAUUGAGAAAUGAAGGGUGUGAUUGUGACAGUCUCUGAGUAAAAAGACAGCAUGUAAAACUUAACCAGACUAAAAGAUUCUGCCCACUUUGCAACAUAUUUUGGCCAAGAACCCCCUGGUUAUACAGGAAGUGGCUGUCUGAUAAGUAUAAUCACCAACCACAGUUUGCUUGUUUUGUGAGGUGUACCCUCCUGGAGUUGUGCUUCUGUUAAAGGGGUAGUUCAGCCAAA